GGAAAUCAGACAAUAUGGUCGGUAAAGGAGGAUAUGCGGAAGUAUUCAAAGGAAACCUCCAUGACGGCCAAGCUGUAGCAGUGAAGAGAUUGGCUAGAGGCAACACCAGUGAGCAAAAAGAGAAGGAAUUCCUUACAGAACUAGGCAUAAUUGGGCAUGUAUGCCAUCCAAACACAGCCUCCCUGAUAGGCUGCUGCAUUGAGAAUGGACUUCAUCUGAUCUUCGAUUUUGCUGCUAAUGGAAGCUUGGCAUCAGCUUUGCAUGGUAAAAAUGGCAAGUUCCUCGCGUGGUCGGUGAGAUAUAAGAUAGCCAUGGGGAUUGCUAGAGGUCUGCACUACCUUCACAAAUGCUGCAGGCGGAGAAUCAUUCACCGUGAUAUAAAGGCUUCCAAUGUUCUCCUUGGGCCAGACUUUGAACCCCAGAUUUCAGAUUUUGGACUGGCAAAAUGGCUUCCAAAACAAUGGACUCAUCACUGUGAUCCAAUAGAGGGCACUUUUGGGUAUUUGGCGCCAGAGUACUUCAUGCAUGGGAUUGUUGAUGAGAAGAUUGAUGUUUUUGCCUUUGGGGUUCUGUUAUUGGAGAUUGUUACUGGCAAGCCUGUGGAUUCAUCAAAGCAGAGCCUGCUCCUUUGGGCCAAGCCACUUAUAGACACUGGGAGAAUAGCUGAACUGGCUGACCCAAAGCUCGAAGGUAAAUAUGACCCGGAUCAGUUGCAGAAAUUAGUGCUCACUGCCUCCUGCUGUGUGAGACAGACAUCUAUCUGGCGUCCAUCCAUCAGUGAGGUAUUACAGCUCCUAACAGACUGCGAUGACUCCAAAGUAAUAGAAAGCUGGAGGAUGCCCGAAAGCCAGAUCGAUGAAAUGGAUGAUUGGAGUUUGGGUUCAGACUUCUGCUAUCCCUACUAGCCAUCUCUC